CCUGAGUCUGUCCUAUCCAUUAAUUCAUCAGUGGAUCACAGGGAACAAUUCAGCUGCUGCACAGACAAAGGCUGUGGGGGAUUACAAAUUGGCUUUUCCAGGCGUUAGAAUGAAAUUGAGCUGCCCAAAAAGAGGCGUGGUGGCAUCUCUACAGGACUGAAUCACACACUUUCAUCCCUGCAAGAGCUUCCUUACUUGGAUGUCAUGGAGGAAGGAUUGUAGAAGCUGCCUGGGAAAUGUAGAGGAAAACUGGACGCGUUGCGGUAAUUGACAGCGACUGCCUGGUAUUUUGUCCCUGCCGGCUCUCCGUGGGGGAGAUGGGAGAGGGCAUGUCAAAGAGGCUGAGGCUGCAGCUCGGUGGGGAGGCGGAGAUGGAGGAACGCUCCUUCGUCAACCCCUACCCGGACUAUCGGCCGCCACAACCUGCACUCAGCGCCGGGGGGGAGCAAGAAACAAAGGAAGAAGAUGAAGACCUGGGGGAGCUGGAUCUGCCUUUUGACAGUGAUGGGAAGAUCAGAAGUAGAUUUUCAUGCCGCUUGGAGACAAAAAUCAGCGAUUUACUUCAGCAAAUGGAAGAAGGCCUGAAGACUGCUGACCCACAUGACUGCUCUGCUUAUACAGGAUAUACAGGCAUAGCCCUGCUCUACUUACAGUUGUACCGAGUUACAAAGGAACAGAGCCAUUUGCAACGCUCACUUGACUACGUGAAACGAAUACUUCGGAACCUGAACGGAAGGAGGAUCAGCUUCCUGUGUGGUGAUGCUGGUCCCUUAGCUGUGAGUGCUGUUGUGCACCACAAGCUGCAAAAUGAGGCUGAGUCAAAGGAAUGUAUUGCAAAGCUGCUGCAGCUUCAGAGAGGAGUGGUGAGCACAGAAACAGACCUUCCAGAUGAAUUACUGUAUGGUAGAGCUGGUUACCUGUAUGCUCUGCUCUAUGUCAAUAAUGAGAUAAGUCAAGACACAGUACCACAGGCUUCUAUCAAAGAGGUUGUAGAUGCCAUCAUUGAAUCUGGAAAAAGUUUGUCAAAAGAAGAGCACAAAACAGAACGCUGCCCUCUAUUGUACCAGUGGCACAAGAAGCAGUAUGUGGGGGCAGCACAUGGCCUAGCUGGAAUCUACUACAUGCUUAUGCAGCCUUUGUCAAAAGUGGAUGUAGAAACACUAAGUGACCUGGUAAAGCCAUGCAUAGACUAUGUGCGUCACAAAAAAUUCAGGUCUGGCAAUUACCCAUCCUCUUUAAGCAAUGAAAGCGACCGGCUGGUGCACUGGUGCCACGGAGCACCUGGAGUUAUUCACAUGCUUCUCCAAGCACACAAAGUUUUUAAAGAGGAUAAAUACUUGAAAGAUGCCAUUGAAUGCAGUGAUGUCAUCUGGCAAAGAGGCCUUCUGAGAAAGGGCUAUGGAAUCUGUCACGGAACAUCUGGCAAUGGAUACGCUUUCCUAUCUCUCUACAACCACACCCAAGACAAGAAAUAUCUGUAUCGAGCAUGCAAGUUUGCUGAGUGGUGCUUAGAGUACGGAAAACAUGGAUGCCGCAUCCCAGAUAGACCAUAUUCACUUUUUGAAGGAAUGGCCGGUGCAAUCCACUUCCUUUCGGACAUGUUGGCACCCGAGACCUCCCGCUUCCCAGCAUUUGAACUCUGAUCUCUUGGAGGUAGACAAAACCGAGGGAUACGUUUAUGUGCCAUUCCAGGAGGCAAGGAAUAAAGGCACGCCAUUAUGCUGAGUGCCUACAACACACUGUGUCAACUCUAAACGUCUCCACCUUCGGGUGAAUUUUAUGUUGUGACUUGCAAUGAACAUCAUUGCACAUGUUGGGAUACCCUAUGUAACCUACCCUAUGAUAUCCCAAAAGAGGAUUCCGUUUCCAUGCUUGCUGCACAUGCUUUCUCAUCCAUGUCUGUGUUUAAUACAGUUAGUGUGGGCUUGCCUGUAGUCUAAGAGGUGCAAACUGUACAGGAUUAGCAGUCGCAUCUCCUUCGGAUAUAGGCAAUUUCUGUUCAUAUGGAAUACAUUUUUCUUUCACUGUUCACAUUACAAAUGCUCCAGCCAGCAAUUUACCAGCACAUUCAAUUUUUUUAGCAAUGGGUUUUCUUAUACAGAUUAACACUUGAUUUUAGGGAUGCCUUUAUCAGGAGUAUUCAGAUUCGGUCAAAUCCAAGUGCCUGGCUGAACCGUAUCUUUAAAAUCAUGCAACUUUUCACACGAACAAGCUUAAAAAAAAUUGGAUUUGGUGCAUCCCUAAUUAAUUUGUGGAAAAAAAAACCCCUUAUAUAAGGGUCUUUUUAAGAAAAAAAAAGUUAACAUUACAUCUGUUUUUCUUUUCCUUCUUUUUAUUGUGCAUUUCAUGCUAGCUGUGUAAAUUACUAGUGUUCCGGAGCUCAUUUGGUAUUCACAGUGGCUUGUUAUAUUCUAAUUACUGGUUAGAGUUAUCCAUUUGUAGACUCUGACCAAUGUUCAUUUUGCAUCAAAUGAAUUGGGGUUUAAAGAACAAAAUGUCACCUGUUUGUAGGUAAGGUAUUCCUUCCAUACGUCUGCCUUUUAAUGGAAUAUCCUAUAUAAUGACAUUAUAAAUAGAUCCUAUAUAAUGACAUUAUAAAUAGAUCCUAUAUAGUGACAUUAUAAAUAGAUCCUAUAUAGUGACAUUAUAAAUAGAUCCUAUAUAAUGACAUUAUAAAUAGAUCCUAUUUAAUGACAUUAUAAAUAGAUCCUAUAUAAUGACAUUAUAAAUAGAUCCUAUAUAAUGACUUUAUAAAUAGAUCCUAUAUAGUGGCAUUAUAAAUAGAUCCUAUAUAGUGACAUUAUAAAUAGAUCCUAUAUAAUGACAUUAUAAAUAGAUCCUAUAUAGUGACAUUAUAAAUAGAUCCUAUAUAAUGACAUUAUAAAUAGAUCCUAUAUAGUGGCAUUAUAAAUAGAUCCUAUAUAAUGGCAUUAUAAAUAGAUCCUAUAUAGUGACAUUAUAAAUAGAUCCUAUUUAAUGACAGCAUAAAGUGUACACAAAAUAAUCCUUUUCUGUAUACUUGCAUCUGCUAUACUUUACCUCUUGCCAUCACCAAGGCUUUUUCCAUAACAACAGCAACUCUCUGGCAUUGAUAGGGUCUCUCUGGUUAUUCCUGUUCAUGAAGGUAAGAUGCAUUAGCUGAGGCAUGCAGUAUAUGCUUAUUAUUAACAUUUCUAUAGGACCAUCGUCUCCCGCAUUGCUUUACAGAGUUAAGGCAUACAAACACAAGACAUGACAAUUUAUACCUGCAAAUGCUGACAAAUAUUGGUUUAUAAUCACAAAAAAUAAAUACACACAGUAGUAAUGUUGUGUAUACACAAUGAGCACAUCCUUUGUUUUCUAGAUUAACUGUAACAUAAAAUCUGCUUUACAGAUAUUGGCUUUAUUUCCCUUAAAUCCGUUCCCCUUUGUUUUGUAUUGCUGACUAGGUGUGAGAGCACCCUGUGUGUAAGAAUGGUUCUGCUUGUCUCCGUUUGCAAGAUCUGGUUGCUGAUCACUUUGAAUGAAUGAAAUGACAGGUAUAUUUAUACUGCUACACAAACGGCAUUGCCAUUUCAUUGUCUUACAUGUAUUUUCAACUUGUGCAACAACGUUUCUUUUCCUGUUUUACCACCAGCGCUAGACAAAUUAUUAAAAUGUCUAAAUGUU